UGUCAGCCUAGCUCGGCACGUGUUGUCGAUCGCAUGAUGAAUUACAUGAAGUUAUUAGUUAAAAGUUAUUACUUGUAAGUGCCAGAAAAAAAGCAAAGAUCGUCGUGAUGCCUGUCGACAACAAGCGAAUUCCUUGUCCACAAGAGACAUUUCAACCCCAGCUCUACUGCAGAGCGACGAAAAAGAGAGAACUGCUCCAUGAAAAUGGCAAGAGGACAGACAACAGGGCACUGGAUGACAUUAGGCCAGUCUUUCUGAAAGCUGGUGUUGUGAGCCAGGCACGAGGCUCCGCCUACAUAGAGGCAUGCAACACCAAGGUGAUCUGUGCAAUCUACGGUCCGCACGAGGUGCAGAGGAAGGAAGGGUUCAGCAUGCAAGGCACACUUCGCUGUGAGUUCAAGUAUGCGACGUUUUCCUGUCUAGGGAGACGGCAGCAUCAGACAGACAGUGAGGAGAAACAGAUGGGGUUGGUGGUAGCGCAGGCCCUGCAACCUGCGGUCUGCUUGCACAAGUUUCCCAAGUCACAGCUAGAUGUUUUUGUGACAGUCCUGCAGAAUGAUGGAAGUGUUCUGGCAGCUGCGCUGACCUGUGCCUCAGUUGCUGUAGCAGAUGCCGGGAUAGAGAUGUAUGAUGUCGUCAUUGGAUGUUCACUGCGCCAGGCUGGCGAGACAACAUCUCUACUCGACCCGGCAAUCCUAGAGGAGUUUCACAGUCGAUCAGUCGAUGGGGAUGCUAGAAAUCAUGGCUCAGUGACAGCAGCCUACUUACCGUCACUUAAUCAGCUGUCUGCCUUUCAGCAAACAGGAGAGAUAGAACCCGAAAUUGCCACAAAGUGUUUGCAUAAGUGCGUUGACGGCUGUGUAAGGAUAUUUCCCGUUGUGAACCAGUGCCUAAUAAAAGCCUCCAAACGCAAAGCUGAGAAAUCUCGCCAAAGUUCUGCGCAGGACGACGUAUGAUGAAGGCUGGUGGAUGCCCCGCUGGCGUCAAACUAGUGAUGCAGGUUACAACUUCUGAUAUCAUAGAAUUUCACCCGGCGUGGAAUAUCUAGCAAGGUAUAUUGAUAUAUCUGACGUCUAUUUCGUGAUAAAUGCUUAGUUUUACAGCUUUGAUAUUGUGUAUAUACAGUGUGUGUAUAAUUUGUUGUAGGUGUUCGGCUGGCCUUAUUGCACCAAAGCAAUGUAGUACUGCAGGGUGUCCCAGAAAAAAACAAACCCUGGGGAAAGGGGUUGAUAUGCCCAAACCAUGAGAUAUGAUUAUAAUG